AAUAGAAUCCGUCUGUAUCUUUUAUAAAUUUGCACGAUUAGAUAAUAAGGUUCUGGAAAUUUGACAACACAUCAGAAUCAAAACCAUUUUUGUUUCUUCAAGCAAUACAUUGAUAGAUUUAUAUAAUCGACAUAAAAUGCAUUUAUCAAACCUAAAAAAAAUCCCUCAUCAAAAACACUUUUUUCUUGUCAAUCAAAAAUUAUCCUUUAUAGAUUCAUACCGACCAAACAAAAACAAUCUUUCACAUAUUUAAAUGAAUUUGAAUAAAUAACCGUUAACAUUAAACCAAGAAAGAAUCACUGGGUUAUUAGCUUGAGCAACAUCCAAAUUUCUUCACAGCUGAAACAUUAAUUUUUACUGAUAUCUAUUUAUCUCCUUUCGACAGAACAUUAGCGGAUUCGCUCGCUGCUUCCAUGACUUUUUUGCUCACAUGCAGUAAAUCUGAGUGAGAACUUCCGUGAAAGCAAGCGUUCUCGACAUUAGUGGCAUCGAGAGCCAGCCGAUGUCUCCAUGAAGCAAAAGAGAUUCUUUCUCCGCGAAUGACUAAUUUGCAUCUUCGGUCUGAAUACCCACAAGAUGGUGUAGAUCAAACUUGUUGUCCACGAGCAUCAGUUAGGAUCAGUGUGGUUUCUGAGUCCUUUGAGCCUUGGUAUAGCUCGGUAUGUCUGACGGGAGUCGAACCCGGGUCUAUUGCUUGGAAGGCAAAAUUAUCCUAACCGUUGGACUACAUAUGCUACUGUUUCGAUAAGUACAAAACCGUUUUAAAUCUUUAGCCGUAGUACUACCGGCAAAAACUGUAUUACCGACGCGGGCGUUAUAAAAAUCGGAUUAUUUUUCUAUGCUACUAAUAUGACGUGGCAAGUAAAAAAAGUAACUAUAUAAACUGGAUACGGGUACGGCUAAGAGGAGGUCUGUCUCAGUUUCAGAGUCAGUACAGAAUAGACGCGACUCUUGACGUCCUCCGGCGCUUCUUCCGCCGCGAAACUCUUUUCUACUAUCAGUCUUCUCCGGUUUAACCCCGGCGGCAGAGUUUGUGCUCGCGUUGCUAACUCGAUCGCUUGAAGCAACUUUCAGUUUACCCUACCAAACUUUUCGAGGAUGGGCUGCAUAGGAUCUUCUCACGCCAGAAACGAAGGCGGAGCAAGACGCGAGAAAAUCAAGAAACCUAAACCGUGGGCGCAUACCGAGCCAAUCACAAGGGCACAGCUUAUGAACAUGCGUGAGGAGUUUUGGGAUACUUCUCCACACUAUGGUGGUCAAAGAGAGAUUUGGGAUGCACUUCGAGCUGCUGCUGAAGCUGAACUGACACUAGCGCAGACAAUUAUUGACAGUGCAGGCGUGAUUGUUCAAGGCCGUGAUCUAACAUUGUGUUGGGAUGAAAGAGGUGCUAAAUAUGAGCUUCCUAGGUAUGUUCUAAGUGAGCCCACGAAUCUGAUCCGAGAGCAGGGACAGUAACCUCUAUGAAGGUUGACACAAUGACAUAGAGAGCAAAGCUUAGUAUAAUAUUAGUAUAAGAAGCAAUAGAAGACUAGAUAUAAUCUGAAGCAAGUCUCGUAUUCUUUACUUUUAGCAAAGAUAUUAAUAGAAAAGAUACACACUCUGUACAGUUUACUAUAUGUACCGUCAGGAUUUCUUCUAAACCUUUUUGGGUCAAAAUGAUAUACUGAACAUUACUGUUGAGACAGCUUAUACGCACUUUUGCAUAUUAUUGAUCAAUUGUGAGUUUACUACAGAACAAAGAUUUAAAUUUUCAAACAGUUGACAAAUAGAAAAAUAUAGAGAAAAUUCAAAAUAAAUUAGGUCUUUGGAUUAAAUGUACUUGUAUGUCACUAGGUUUGUUAUAAAAAGAUUCCGUCCACCUUUUUUUAUUAAAAUAUCUCGAAAAUCACAAAACUCUUAAGAACAUAUUGUGUCAGAAAUGGUCUUCAUCUCCCAAAUUAUCAUGUCUUUUUGUUCUUUGGAUUUUGGACCUAGUCACUAGCCAAUCACAAUAUUUAAUUAAAAAUAGUAUUUAUUUUUACCUUGGUAUAUAACGCAUGUCAGUAUAAAUUAUUAACUACUGAUUGUUAAUUAAUGUAGUCAAUAAUUGUUGUUUAAUUGAGUAGUAUCUUCUUUUAAUUCAAAUCAGUCUCGUAUUAUAUACUCCCUCCGUUUUUCAAUACAAGUCGUUUGAGAGAUAUUUUUUUGUUUCAAAUUAUAUGUCGUUUUCAGUUUUCUAUGUAAUAUUUAUUAAUAAUUAAUGAUGUAUGACCAAUGAUAAUAUAUCUUCUAUUUUUUAUUGGUUGAGUUGUGGUUAGGUAAAUAAUUAACGAUGUUUUUGUUUCGAAAAUAUAAGAAAUUAAUGAUUUUCUUAAUCUGUAAAAUGACUUAUAUUAAAAAACAGAGGGAGUAUUUGCUAGUGUCAAAGGACAGAUUGAUCCUAACCUUUGUUUGUUUGAAUGAGAUGAUUGGAUUGCAUUGGAUUGCAAUCAGUCUAGUAAUCACUUUUAAUGGUUUUAGGUUUAUUGAAAUUACUUAUGUAUGAUGUAUGCAUAAUGCAUCUUUAAUUCAAAAUAGUAUUUAUUUUUACCUUGGUAUAUAACGCACGUCAGUAUAAAUUAUUAACUAUUGAUAGUUAAUUAACGUAGUCAAUAACUGUUGUUUAAUUGAGUAGUAUCUUCUUUUAAUUCAAACUAGGAUAAGACACCAUGCGCGCAUGAUGAGUUUAUUUGCCCAUGAUGAGUUUAUUUGUAUAUAUUAUCGAUAGUUUUUUUAAUAUAUUUGAUCAUUUUAUUUAUACAUAUACAAUCUUUUUUAUUAUUAUAUAAUUUCUUUCCGAU